CAGGGGCCCGAGUGGCGUCUUCCUCCUGGGGGCCACAGAGAUGCCGCCCCCUGCAAUCCUCUCUGAGGCGCCCGCUUGCCGGGCUGGGUGGCUCCGAGGGCCUCGGGCGAGGCGAGGAAGGCGGGCCCAAGGAGGCCGCCCGAGGCGGAGAGAGGCGCGCCCGCCGGCCGCGGCGCAGUCGGCGCUUGGCGGGCCGAGGCGGCGCUUCCCUCUCGCUCCGGCUUUGUUCCGCGCGCGAGAGCGGCCAGGCCGGCGCUGCUCCGCGAUGCCUCCCGGGCGCCGCUCCAGGAAGCAGCCGCGGCGGGAGCGCGGCGCCCACCACUAGAGCGCGGCGGCGGCGGAGGGCGGAGAGCGGCGGGCUCGGGGCGCGCAGGGACUGACGAUUUGAAAAGAUGACCAGGUGCUACUACAACGAGACCAUUGAGUUCUUCUACAACAACAGUGGCAAGGAGCUGUCCCGAGUUUGGAGGAACAAGGAUGUUCUGGUGGUUGUUCUGGGCCUGACGGUCAGCAUCAUUGUGCUUCUCACCAACUUGCUGGUCAUUACAGCCAUUGCGAUCAACAAGCGCUUCCACUAUCCGAUCUAUUACCUGCUGGGGAAUCUGGCUGCUGCCGACCUCUUUGCCGGCAUUGCUUAUUUGUUCCUGAUGUUCCACACGGGACCCAACACAGCCCAGCUUUCUCUCAAGACUUGGUUUGUCAGGCAGAGCCUCCUGGAUACCAGCCUGACAGCCUCUGUGGUCAACCUCCUGGCCAUUGCGGUGGAGCGACACCAGACAGUGUUCACCAUGCAGCUCCAUAGCAAGAUGUCCAACCAGCGAGUCAUAAUCCUCAUUGUCUGCAUCUGGCUAACAGCUCUGCUGCUUGGCCUCAUCCCCUCGUACGGCUGGCACUGUCUGUGUAGCCUGAAGGACUGCUCAAGGAUGGCUCCGCUCUACAGCCGAAGGUACUUGACCUUUUGGGCCAUCUCCAACCUCUUCAUCUUCCUCAUCAUGGUGGUCGUCUACACUCACAUUUUCAUCUACGUCAAGAGGAAGAUGGCUCGCAUGUCCAGGCACACCAGCUUCCAUCCGCGUUACAGGGAGACCAUGAUCAAUCUCAUCAAGACAGUUAUCAUUAUCCUCAGUGCCUUUGUUAUCUGCUGGACCCCUGGACAGGUGGUGCUCCUGUUGGACGGCCUCAGCUGUGAAAGCUGUGACGUGUUAUCGGUGGAGAAAUAUGUCCUGCUUCUGGCUGAAAUAAAUUCACUCAUUAAUGCCGUCGUCUACUCCUACCGGGACAAUGAGAUGCGCAGCACUUUCCGGAAGAUUCUCUGCUUUGCCUGUCACAGGAUGCCAAAGUACUCGCCUGCGUCGGUCAAGUCCAGCACCACAGAGCACAGGAUAUUGCCUCAGAAUGGACAUCCAGUGAUGGACUCCACACUCUAAUCUGCCAUUUUCAGGCUCCUUCAUGCUGGUUGUCUGAAGCCAACCUUUUGGUAAUCAAUGGAAGACCAGCCUGUCUUGAGGCUAGAGACCAUGGCUGCGGUGCGACUGGGAAAGCGCUGUGACCAAGGUUAUCAGCCAGGGUCUGUAGGAGACAUUGUUGUAUGUAUGGAUGAGGACAGCCAUCUUGGUUUGUAGCACCCAACUGUGACGAUGUGCGCCCCCCCCCCGACAGAUGGUGCUGUAUUGUAACUGUAGAGACCACAUAUCUGGGAUGCAGUGACUGUUCACAGAGCCAAGGAAUGAAUCAGCACACUUGCUUUGCAUGACACCUUGAAAGGCACCUUAAAAAUGCUGUUGUGUUAAGAACCUGUUCAAAACUGGUUUGUACCACAGCUGCUUCUUUCCCAAGCUAACAAGCAAGUCUCCCUCUGUCUGUUAACACCGGGGUGGGCGGGGGGCGGGCUCUUAAGACAGACUCUUGUUUUUCUAGUUCUUUUAAGCACACAAAUGUUUGGACAGUCUUUGAAAAAUGGUGGAAUGAAACCACCGGGAUACCUGCCUUUCUGUUCUUGCACAGUGCUGUUUUAAGCAAGCUGUCCUGAGGGGUGCCAUCGCCUGCUAUGUCAAGGUGCUCGUCUAGAAUGUUUCUGUGUAGGGUGAAGAACUUUCUGUCCCCAGCCUGUUCAGUAUUACUGCCUUCUUGGCACAGCCAUUCUAGGGCUGAGACCCAAAAGCCCACAUGCCUUCUGCUACUGCACAAACUCCCCAAUAAUCUGUUACAACCUCUACCCCCCUCUGUGUUUUAUGCUCUUGGAGAUUCCAGGUCAAGAUGGCCCAGUUGCCAGCUGUCCUUCUGGGAACAUCCACAGUAACAAUUAGGUUGAAUUAAUGGUCCCAUUCUAUCUAGGAACAGACACCGCAGCAGCAAUAGCCAAGAAUUAAGCAUGCCAAGAGCAAUUAUUCUUUUCUCUUUUUUUGAAGGUUGAUGCUUAGAGGUGGAGUUUGGCAGCUUAGCUGACGCUCAGAUAGUGUGGUGCCCUCCAGGUGUUGUGGGACUACAGCUCCCAUCAUCCCUGCCCAUUGCCCAUGCUAACUGGGGAUGAUGGGAUUUGUAGUCUCACAACUGGAAGGUCCUGUGUUGGCCACCCACCAGCUGAUGACUGAAUAGUUUAGCUUGCUAAGUAUCAUAUUCUUCUGCCCAGGCUUUGUUUGCUCCCACAACUCAUUUGCUGUAGGAAAUGGACCCCCUGCAUUGUUGAAACAGAGGCAUGAUGCCCAGUUAGAGGGCUGGUUCCAUCAUGAGGUCUUGUCUGUAAAAUGCCAUUGUUUCCCCCCACAGGCUUGGCCUUGAGUUGCUUUAGAGUCACUGGGUGAAGAGUCAGUCAGCAGGUUUGCUCCUGUGCCUUGAAUAAUUGCAUAGCAGGCAGAAGUUUGGUGGCUGAACUCAGCCCACCCCCUCAGGGAGAUUACGAUGCUAACUGUGCUUCAGCUUUUCUUCCAGAUGUGCACAGUUGAACCCAGGUGUCCCAAAGCCAGCAGCCCUAUAAGCAUUCACUCUUCUGAGUUGGCCCAUCAACAUGCAAAAAUAUGAGUUGGAAGAACCCAUGCUUCUUUUCCACUGUGUAAAUUUCACAAUUUGCAAUGCACACCCCUCCCCCAAACACCUUCUCUGGAAAACUGUGAAGGGUUUUUUAAUAUAUCAUAUAUGCCAAGAAUAAAAUAAUGUGUUGGUAGACUGACAAAAGUGAUUGGAAUAAUAUGGUUAGCCUGGACUGAUGCGAAGGAAGGUGUCCUUCUCCCUUCUGCUCAUGUUGCCUCCUAAGCAGGGGAAGGGGGGAAACUGGCCUCUCCUCCUGCCUUUGGUAGCCACCUGACCUGCACCUAUCAGCUGGUGGCACUUUUCAUGGCAUAGAGGUAAGACUGUUCCCUGUCAGUGUCUGCAGAAGAAGCUGCUGUUAAAGGCAGAGGAUCAGGCCUCACUCCAAAGGGAUGGCGAGCCUAGCCCAUUGUGUAAGUCAGCAAGUGUCUUAUGUUGUGCAUGCACAGGUGCACUCUGGAAGUUUUGUCCCUGCUGUGGUUGUGACUGGAAGAAGCUGUUCAGGGUGGGCAGAGAAUGUCAUGGGCUCCACCAUUCAUUCUCACCACUUUUCACCGUGGAAGGAGGUGGUGAUUCUUACCAAAGCUGCAGCAGGAAGGGAUUUAUAAAAGCUGUGUUUUAUUGCAUACGUUGGUUGCCAAUGCUGCUGCAGCCUCUAGGUGAUGUACAAUGCAAUCUUAAAACAAUCCAAUAUAACGGCGCAACUCAGAAAAUGAACACAUGAGCCAAGCAUCAGUUUACAGGAAGCAUGAUAAUAAAAGACACUAAAUACAAUUAUUAUUAUUAUUAUUAUUAUUAUUAUUAUUAUUAUUAUUUUGAAAGGCUUAUUCAAAAGGUGUGGGAGAAGUGGAAAGUCUUUGCCUGGUACUGGAGUAACGUUAAUUAAGUAAUGCCAGGUGAGCUUCCUUGGGGAGAGCAUGCUGCAAACUGGGCUGGGUGGGUGAGCCUCUGUAAAUACCCCGUUCCCCCUCACUAAGGUUUAGCUUGGGAGCACACACACACACACACACACACACACAAACAAACAGUGCUGCCUAUUUGUUAAAGAGAAAUCAGUUACUCCAAGGCAAACUGUAUGACAAACUACAUUUCACUUGGCCCUGGAAGUAGGUUGAGCACUUGGCUCUGUCAUAGGCUACUGGUGAGAGAGCCUGCCCAAAAUAUUUUUGUGAAUGAGGCAAAAUGAUUAAAGGGGAAAGGGAGGGCUGACAAUUCUCCAUCAGGAGACAAGGACAGAAUGCAGCCUUUCAAUCUGGUACUCUCCAGGUGUGCCUCGUAGUCCCAACAGCAUCUGGAGGGCACCAGCAUGGCGAAGGAGCAGUGGAACUGAAACCCAGUACAAAGGGCAAAUGCCGGGGGGGGGAGAGCUGGGCUGCAGUGGCAAGACAAAGGGAGGGCCCACUUUGACAGAAAAGUAGUGCAGGUGGAAUGCAGCUGAUUCUGUCCCCACCACUUGCACCUGUAAGGAUAGGGAGCCUGUGGCCCUCCUUCCCCAGCCAGCUUGGUCAGGGGUGAUUGCAGCUGCCGUCUGACACCACAUGAGCUUCCCUCAUCCCUGGUAGGCAUUGCUAGCAAAGGGAUGGGGAAAGAAGCAGCACUUGCCAGAGGGGAGAAGAUGCCGCUGAAGGAAGGGCAGCCUUGUGGCAGCAGAUGACAUGGGUGAACUACACUGAGAGCCUGCAGAACACUAGGGGCUCCUCAACAUCCAACAUGGCACAGGGAAAAGGAGGUGCAUGACAGCACAGCACUCUGCUGCCUUGCACAUUAAUGUUCCACCACCUGACACUGUCCUAGCUUAGUCAAGCUCUGUCCCUCUCAGUCUCUGUGUCUUCUGCUUGCGAAUACUCCUUGGGAGACGGUUGGUUCCUACCAGUUCCCAAAGCUAUUGCCCCCAUUUCACUUAAAGCACAAACAGAGGGAACUGCCUUUGUGCUGCUCAGACUCUCCAUCUAAGCUCAACUAUGCUGACUGGCAGCUGCUUGUCUGUGUUUCAGGCAUGAGAGAUGAGGGGUACCUCAUCUGCUGCUUUAGCCUUUUAACUGGAGGUGGCAGGGAUGGGACGUGGGACUGACCACCUGCAAAGCAGAGGUUUUACCACUGAGCUGCAGCCCCUCCCCAGAUUUUAGGUCCCAUCAUUCAUACACUGGGUGCAACAGAGCAGGAGGCUUUCCUAGACAAGCCCCACUGGAAUGAACAGGAGCUGUGCAAUACUGCUACCAGGCUAUGGUGGUUUGAUUCUAUUAGUGUUUAAUUGCUUUUUAAUUACUACCCCCCUUAUGUUUUUGGCUGUUUCUAUCUGUAAGCUGUCUUGAGCCCCUGUCUGAUGAAAAGGUGGGCUAUAACUAAAUAAAUAUAAUAAUGAUAAUCCAAAA